AUGCGAGUCUGUUUCGCCCCGGUGGACGUUCCUCUCCAGAGGAGGCUUCAGACCGUCGCCGUGCUGCAGUGGGUCUUCUCCUUCCUCGGCCUCGCCCCAUGCUGCAUCGUGCUGUUCCUCUACCUCCUCUUCACCCGCUUCUGGUUGGUCAGCGUGCUUUAUGCGACCUGGUGGUUUUUGGACUGGGAAACACCGUCCCGCGGGGGCAGAAGAGUGGCCCUCAUGUGUCGCCUUCCAAUGUGGAGGUACAUGAGGGACUACUUUCCAAUACAGCUGGUGAAGACGGUUGAUCUGGACUCUCGGCGGAACUACGUGUUCGGGUUCCAUCCUCACGGUAUUCUGGUGACCGGAGCCUUCACCAGUUUCUGUACGGAGGCGACGCAGUUUCAGCAGCUGUUUCCCGGCCUGAAGAGUUACUUAUUAAUGCUCCCGCUGUGGUUCAGGGUGCCGUUCUUCAGAGAUUACAUCAUGUGUGCAGGUUUGAUCCCCUCUGAUAAGGACAGUGCGAGUUAUGUGCUGUGUAAGGAGGGUGGAGGAAACGCCGUGGUCAUCGCGGUUGGCGGCGCUGUAGAAGCUCUGGACGCUCAUCCAGGAGCCCACGUGGUUCUGCUGGCUAAUAAAAAAGGCUUCAUCAAACUGGCCAUGGAACACGGGGCCGAUCUGGUUCCCGUUUACUCGUUCGGGGAAAACGAGGUCUUCGAUCAGGUCCCGAACCCACAGGGCACCUGGUUACGCUGGAUCCAGGACCACCUGCAAUGCAUCAUGGGUGUUUCUCUGCCACUCUUCCACGCCCGAGGAGUUUUUCAGUACAGCUUUGGCCUCAUGCCCUACAGGAAACCCAUCAACACCGUCGUUGGUCGACCAAUCAGAGUUCAGAAGAAGGAGAAACCCUCGUCAGAAGAUCUGGACGCUCUACACGACCUCUACAUGGAGGAGCUCAGCCAGCUCUUCGAGGAACACAAGGGGAGAUACGGCGUCCCCGAGGACACACACCUGAUCUUCAUCUGAGCGGUGUGUGUGUGUGUGUGUGUGUGUGUGUGUGUGUGUGUGCUGAAGUCAGAAGUUUACAUACACUCGUGCAGGACGGGAGUUUGAUGGUCCUGUAACGUCCUACAGUUCCGGAGAUAGAGAUCAGUGGAAAAAAAACAGCACUAUAUGGACAAAAGUAUUGGGACACCUCAUUGGGACAUGGUUACAAGUGUGCAGCAACAGUUUAGGGAAGGACCUUUCCUGUUCCAGCAUGAAGAAAAGCUGCACAGAGCCCUGAGCUCAGCCUCUCACAACAGCUCUGGGAUGAACCGGAACACCGACUGAUCACUCAGUGCCUCGUCAUGCAAAUGCUGGGCACAAAUUCCCACACACAGACACACGUCAAAGUCUUUUGAAAAGCCUCUCAUAACAGAAGAGCGGCUCGCUUUUGAAACAGCACGUCCGACACGCCCGCUGUGAGCCGGGCAUCCGUGGGCGUCCGAAUACUUUUGGCCGUGUCGUGUAUGUGUGGUAAUUAUAAUAAUGAUAAUAAACAUGCAGGAAUCAUUAAAGUUCUCGGAGCUGCAUGAUACACACUCACGUUCUUAUGGGUGUGUGUAAACUUUGGACUCCAACUGUACAUGUGUGUGUGUGUGUGUGUGUGUGUGUGUGUGUGUGAGCAUAAAAACAACCUGCCUAAACGACACCAGUGCAAUUAAAAGCUGUUAAAUCCGACGUUAAUGUGAUGAUGAUGUUCAGGUUCUUAUCUUAAUAAAUAUUUUAAUUUAAACAUUA